AUGGCCGACCCGUUUUCUAUCGCCGGCAGCACUGUGGGCGUUAUCUCUCUCGGUCUCCAGGUGUGUGGUCUGUUGAUCACCUACUGUCGAUCCGUCAAAGACGCCGACCAGGAUAUACGGAGCAUCCCCAACAAAGCAUCUGGUCUCCGUGUCCCGUUGAAGACGUUGCGCGAUAUUCUAGAAGAAUAUGAGUUUUCAGACACUGAAGCGCACCCUUGGACGCUCGGGUCGACGGCGCAGUCAGAUAUCAGGGAUGAUUUGAACGAAAAGGAUACUCUGCGUGAUAUGAUAAGGGACCUGGAUGAGAUUCAGAUGAAUCUUCAUACAUCGCUUCAUGUAUAUUCCUUAAGAAAUAUGAGCCUCAUCCCUUAUAUGGUCGAAUUGCAGAAGAAAAACUUUGCAGAAGUGCAGCAAUUAUCCCGAACACUGGCGAACAAUGUGACAAGACGCGCUGAGGAACGAGCACUCGGUGAAAAUCAAGACUACAGUUCUAUUAUUGUCAUUAAUCCCAACAAUGAAUUCUUACACGCGAGAGAAUUCUUCAUACAUGUCGAGCUCCAGGGAGAAAAAGCUAGCCUAGAGGGGUUGAUUCAACAGCAUCAACAGUGGUACUUAGAAGAGUUCCUUGUGGAUAGCGGGACUCCGGUAGACACCACAACAGAACAAGGACAAACGGCUUUGGAUAUUUUAUGCACCGUCAUGGGACCUCAGGAAGAGAGGUCUCGGCGUGCCCUGCAAGACAUCCUUUCUGAGGAUGAAGACGUGGCCGUGUUUCCGGAAAUCGCAAAGAUUAUCCUGCGCGAACACGAUUCAGCCCUCCGGGAAGCUCUCAAUUCCGGGCUGGCGAAUGUUAAUGAUACCACCCAAUCUUUGACAUUACUUGAAAUCAGCAUUGGCUGGCCCAAAGGUCUACAAAUUCUGUUGGAAGCUGGUGCUGAUAUUAGCCGAUAUCUUAAAGGGCCUCAUGAUCCUAUUUCUCGGGCCAUUUGUCUGCCUUGUCGAAACUCUCUGAAUGUGCUUCUCAAAGCAGGCUGCAAUAUCAGAACAUAUCAAUUAUAUGAUGAUUAUGAUCUGUGUGCAGAAUCUCCAGAGAUAGUUCUGGAUAUCGUUGAGGGGUUAGCUGCAAGAAGAAAGAGACUAAGGGAUCUAGCGAGGUGUCACCUCCCCCUACAACAGCUCCCUUCGCUUAUGCCCAGCAAUACUCUUCCUGAUACAACAGCUGCAGGCCUGAUCGACGACUUGAUUGCAAGGAGAGUGGCAGUCGAUUCCGCCCUCUGGGUCGAGUUUCCAGGAAGAUCAGUAUACCACGCCGAAUACAGCACCAAAUCUAAUCCUUGGAAAUUAUCCUGGAAGCUACCAUACCUUGGUGUGGAUACCAUGGAGGCAUUGUACAAAGUCGGCUUUCACGAUAUCGAUGCCACUGACUCAUCUGGAAGGACACCCCUAAUGACCAUUCCUUCCAAUUCCUGGGCCUUGGUGCCAACUAUACGAUGGUUCAUCUCCAAGGGCGCAAAUCUCUUUCGAAUACUUCCCCGAAGCCAUGCAACAGUUUUCCACUACCUUGCCUGUCUCUUGGUUUGUGGGAUGCCGGUCCUUAAGAGCGAGUAUAACCCUCUUUCAUACUACAUCAUCCAUGCACCAAUUCAAGACAAUUGUCUUUAUCAAUGGCUUUGCGAAGAGUUCUUCAACCCGAUUGGCAAGGACCAAAGUGUCUCGAGUUCAUGA